AAAAUUUUAACUGCCGAAAACGACUAUCGGACUCAUCUUGUUGUGAAUUUGCUAAAAUGAAAACAAACGAAAUACAAGGGAGUAAAUUAUACUCAGUUGAUGUAAGACUGAAAACUUUUAAAAACUGGCCCUUUAACGAUAAAAACAGAUGCAACGUCCGAAACAUGGCGGAAGCAGGAUUUUAUUCGGUUUCUACGGGAGACGACGAUGCCGAUGCCGCCAAGUGUUUUCUCUGCGGCAAGGAGCUGGACGGUUGGGAGCCCAACGAUGACCCUUGGUCGGAGCACAAAAGUCACGCACCAAAGUGCGCUUUUGCACAGCUUGGGAAGACAGAAGACGAACUUUUGUGUUCAGAGUUCCUGUCUGUGAUAAAACAGUAUAUGAUCAAUGAGCUGAAUCAACAAGCUGAAGCCAUCAAAUCACAACUUGACAAUAAGGCCAAAACAGUACGGAGAACUUGCUUAAAGCUUUAAUCCAGUCGCUUAUUAA